AUGACUAGAGGCAGAAAUGAGCUACAAAUUAACAAUUCUAUUAGCAAUGCGUUGCUUCUGGAAAUUAAAAAAAUGGAAAAGGAAUUAAAAAAGCGAAAUGGGGAAUAUGAGGAACUGAAUAAUAACUAUAGAGAAACAUACGGCUCAUAUAUCAUGACAAAAACAAAGUUGGAUGAAACUGCAAAUAAUUAUGAAGAGGAGAUACGAAAAUUAGAUGAGAUAAUAAAGGAAAAGGAAAAUGAAUACAUGGAUUUAAGAGUUAAUUUUCAAGAGUUAUUAGAAGAAAAGUGUAAAUUAGAGGAAGACGUUAAUAACUAUGAAAAAGCUAUUUAUGAAAUUAACGAAAAUUCGGCAUCCCAAAAGGAAGUGCAUAAGGAGGAAUUAAAAGAAAUACAAGAAGAAAUUUCGAAUCUUUAUUCGCAGAUCGAUAAGUUUAAUGAACAGUUAGACCAUAUGAAAACAGAACGUCAAGAGCUACACAAACUUAAUGAACAUAAAAACAACAUCAUUGAAAACUUAAAUAAUGAAAUUUCAAAUUUAAAGGCAGAGAAAAAGAUGCUUGGACUAGAUAUGGACAUAGUCAAAAACGAGCAAAAUAAAAUAAAAGUUGAAUUGAAACAAUUAGCUAAAGAAAAAGAAGAAUUAAAAAAAGAGCAAGAAAAAUUAGGUAAAGAAAAAGAAGAAAUUGAUAAAUAUAAGGAGGAGUUGUUAAAGGAAAAGGAACAAAUUCAGAAAAAUAAAGACCAGAUAGAAAAAGAAAAGGAACAUAUACAGAUAAAUAAAGAUGAAUUAGAAAAGGACAGGGAACGACAAGAAAAUAACUUAAAAAAAAUUAUUAUAAAAUAUGGCAAUUUACAGAAAGAAGUUGAUGAACUUACGGCAGAAAAUUCGAUCAAGAGCUUAGAUCUCAAAUUACAGGAAAUAAAAAAGGAAUUGGCUAGCGAAAAAAUAAAGAAUAACCAACUGAAAGAAGAAGUGGUCAAUAAACAGAAGGAAGUUCUUAAGAGGGACUCCAUUAUUCAAAUUUUGUAUAAUAAAUUAAAAGAGAAAGAAAGCGAACUGGUAUUAUUUCAGAAUGAGAAUUUAUCCUUGAAAAGCUACAAAAAAGAGUUGAACAAAAUACGAGAGAGCAAAAAAUGUGAAAUGGACAAUAUCGAGAGUGACUUACAUGAAAAACUAGCUAAAUUAAUAAUUAAAAGAAAAAUAAAGGAAAGAGAUGACUUGCACUUUGAGGGACAUCCGCAAUCCUUGCUUUUAAAAACAUUGUGGUUUGGUUAUGUUGACUUAUGCAAAACUAUGCUAAAAAUGCGGGACGCCUACCUAUAUAGUGGGAACAAAAAUCAUCGGUUUAUAACUGCCUAUGACACUGGUUUGUUCUUAGACGUGAAGGAAGAAAGUGCGAAAAAAUGCUUGCUUUCUUACAAGAACGAAACAAGAGGAAUCUUUCUGAUAAAUGAAGAGGACGCAAAACAUCUGAUUUAUGUAGGACCAUUUAAUAAAUUUUAUGGCUACAGUGUAACAGUAGGUAACAAUAAGAAUAAUUUGGAAAUAGCUAAAUGUCGAAAGUGUAGUUAUAUAUUUGAAGAAAUAUACGAAACGAAAAAAGGAACAAAAUUAGUUCUUAUAAAAGAAAAAGAAAGCGGAAAAUAUUUUAGCGGGUUAAGCAAACAGUUUUAUUUUGAUAAAAAAAAAAAAAAAGGAGUUGACAAUUCAGAUUAUAAUAAAGUUGUAAAUAAAUUAAUUAACUAUAUAACUAAUGAAAAAGAAGAGAAUGGAAAUAUAAUUAUAAAAACUAGUGAUCAGAAAUUAAAAAUUGAAAAUGAAAAAGAAACAUGCUUUUUCGUAAAAACAGCUGAGGAGGAUACUACUGCAAAUGAGGAAAAGAGUUUUCAAGGUAAUGAUAAUAAUAGUAAUAAUAAUAACGUAACAACAAAAAAAAAAAGUAAAUCUCAAACUACAGUGAUGCUUAAGAAGAAAAAAAAAAAAAAGAAAGUACUUCCCAAAAAUGGAAAGAUAAAAGACCCCAAAUUAUUAACACCUCAAGGAAAUAAAAAAGAAUUAAAGGUUAAGGAAAUGAAUGAAGAAAAUUUACAUAAAUAUAAUAUAGCAAAAGAUAUGCUCCUACUUUCUGAUAAUAGUAGUUAUAGCACAAGUACAACAGACAACGAUAAAGAUGAUAGUGUUAAAUAUAACUUAAAAAACAAAGUUAACACUGAAAAUGAGAAGAAUUUUCGUAAUAAAAACCAUAAUAAUAAUUUAUUAUAUAAAUCAUUGGCGAUGAAUUAUAUGCAGAGCACGAAUAUCUCCCUAUCUGAAUGUAUACAUAAUGACAUUAAUAGUAAUGGUAAUAAUCAUAUUAAAAAUAAGGUUAAUAUUAAUAAUGUUAAUAAUAAUGUUAAUAAUAAUGUUAAUAAUAAUGUUAAUAAUAAUGUUAAUAAUAAUGUUAAUAAUAAUGUUAAUAAUAAUGUUAAUAAUAAUGUUAAUAAUAAGGUUAAUAUUAAUGUUAAUAAUAAUGUUAAUAAUAAUGUUAAAAAUAAUGUUAAAAAUAAUGUUAAAAAUAAUGUUAAAAAUAAUGUUAAUUACAAUAAUAAUAAUAAUUUGAAUUUUAAUAAUAAUAAUAACAAUAUGAAUAUUAAUAAUAAUAUGAAUAUUAAUAAUAAUAUGAAUAUGAAUAUUAAUAAUAAUAAUAAUACUAAUAUGAAUAUUGAUAAUAAUAAUACUAAUACGAAUACUGAUAGUAAUAUUAAUAAUAUGAAUAUUAAUAAUAUGAAUGUUAAUAAUAAUAUGAGUGUUAAUAAUAUUAAUAAAAAUAAUAAUAAUAAUAUGAAUGUUAAUAAUAUGAAUGUUAAUAAUAUGAAUGUUAAUAAUAAUACUGUUGCUGAUUUUAACAAUACAAAUAUCGUCCUAACAGCGAACAAAGAUGAGGCUAUCUUAUUCGAAAUUUUUAAUUAUGACCAAAUUGUUGAACAUGAUGCUAUUAAAUUUGCCUCAGAAUGCCUUUUACAUUUUCUUUCUAAUUUUAAAAAGGCUAACUCCCAAGAUGUGUCAUUGACAAGCAAUGAACAAAUCUCUAAUUAUUUUUCAUCCCUCGAGGACGACUGGUCCAUUCUACCCUCUUAUGUAUAA